CGUAAACCAGUUAUACAAGUCGGUAAAUCUGCUGUUCUGGGAGCCGGCAGAGGAGUCACCACGGCUAAGGCACCGAGGGAGAGACUAACAACUCCUCUCAUCUUCUGCCAAGGUGUUGUGGUGCCAUGAUGAAGAAAGUCGUGGAAGUCAUCCCGCUGUUGUUGCUGCUGUUCUUCACAACGCAUGCAACGGGAAAACGCUACGGCCCGCCAGAGAAGCCGGCGCUGACCAGAUGUCGUUCUCCCGAAAAAGAGACCUUCACCUGCUGGUGGGAGCCAGGCUCUGAUGGGGGACUGCCCACUACCCACGCUCUGUACUAUCGCAAAGAAAGCUCCGAGACAGUGUACGAGUGUCCCGACUACCACACAGCCGGAGAGAACUCCUGCUUCUUCAACAAGAACGACACGUCCAUCUGGGUCAACUACAACAUCACUGUGGUGGCCACCAACGCACUGGGCAGGGCCUUCUCCGAUCCCGUGGAUAUAGAUGUGGUGUACAUAGUCAAGCCUAAUCCUCCAGAGAAGCUAAUGGUGACUGUAAUGGAGGACAAGGGCUGGCCCUUCCUGCGGGUGUCAUGGGAACCGCCACAUAAGGCUGACACCCGCUCCGGUUGGAUCACUCUCAUCUACGAGCUCCGUGUCAAGUUGGAGGAGGAAAAUGACUGGGAGAUGCACCUUGCAGGCCAGCAGAAGAUGUUUAACAUUUUCAGCCUGCGGUCAGGCGGUAAAUACCUUGUCGAGGUGCGCUGUAAACCCGAUCAUGGCUUCUGGAGCGAAUGGAGCUCUACUUCCUACAUCAAAGUUCCUGACUAUUUCCAUCGAGAGAAGUCCGUGUGGAUCCUCAUUACCGUCUUUUCUACCUUCAUCUUCCUCAUCAUCACAUGGUUGCUACACAUGAACAGUCACAGUCUGAAGCAUUGUAUUCUGCCUCCAGUCCCUGGUCCUAAAAUUAAAGGAUUUGAUGAGCGGCUUCUCAAGAAUGGAAAGUCUGACGACGUCUUCAGUGCGCUGGUUGUGCCCAAUUUCCCUCGGGCCUCACCAUCCAACUAUGAGGAUUUGCUUGUGGAAUACUUGGAGGUGUAUGUCCCCGAGGAGCAGGAGCGGAUACUGGAGGAAAGCAAGGAUCUCCAUGACGGUUGCCUCAAAUCUGAGAUCUCCAGAUCGGAUAGCGACUCUGGCCGGGGCAGCUGCGACAGCCACACUCUGCUGAUGGAUAAGUGUGGCGAGGCAAAAGAGAAAGAGAGGCAAGCAGAUCGGGAAAGCGGUCGAAUUCUGACGGAGACACAGAGGCACCAGAAGGGCUGGAAGGAGGAAGCGUUCACCUAUGCUCACGCUAUGGUUAGCCCCGACAUGUCCGGUGGGAGGGUGAAGACCUGGCCCUCUGUGUUUUCUCCACUGCCCCAGUACAGCUCAAGCCCACUGGACAAACAGAGCUCACUUAAGAUGGCCAAACAGCACUCCCUCUCCACAUCCUCCUUCCUCACCCAGCCUGGCAACAGCCCCAAGGAGGCUCUCGGGACGAGCUACUGGGACUCCUGCUUGAGCAACAAGCAACCUCAUCUGCUCCAGCCACAGACGCAGGUCCACCGGGAACUCCAGGCCCGCAGCGACGUCAACAUCUCCAGCGUGGAGCACAAACGGGCCACCGAGUACGUUGAAGUGCAGAGGGUCAACAAGGAGGAUAUGGUGCUUCUCCAACCAGUCGUGUCAGGCUGUGGCCGCAUGGAAGGUAUGCACAAGGGGGAGGACUACAGCAAGAGGGAGGACUACAGCAAGGUGAAGGGGCUGGACAGUGACAACAGGCUGCUGCUCCAGAGAGAGGUGCUGGAAGGAGACAGGUGUCCUUGUGUGGACCAGGAGAUGACAGGGGACAGCUGCACUUCAUCCACAGUUUGCACUACGCAGAAGCCAACAGCCUGCAUUUACACUGCCAUGCCGGUACAGGAGGAAAUGGCCCUGGCAGUGAAUGGUUAUGUUGACACUGCCACCAUGGGAGCACUGCCAACCUGCUAGGGGCCUCAUAAGAUCUGGUUUAGGGACAAACAGUAACACUGGAUGACUGACAAUAUUUUGCCGUCACAUUUAAUUACUUGAUCUGAAUAAUAAUCUUCAUUCUACUUUAUAAAGAAUAGAAAUGAAGUUUGAUUACCUGUAUGUCUCUAUACAUCAUACAUCUGUUUCUCCUCUCAGGCACGUUUUAUGAACUUUUUUUUUUAUGUCUUUCAUAAAUGAUAUUGAUCUAUACUGAUGUAAGUGUCUGUUAAAAUGAUGUGUGUACACAAUGUCAGAAAGCUCAAACAGGUUUGUUAUGUUUAAUGUCUGUGUGUAUUUUCUCUGCUCCCUGUAGAACACUACAUCUUAAAAGACAUGAGGGGGCUGCAGCGCCCUCUGCUGGUCAGAGUGAAGCACAUAUAAUCUGAUAAAGAAUAUUUAACAGUUUUAUAAAGUUGUCAU